AUGGGUACAGAAACUGUUACCAGCCACCACAAGGAUCUCAUCAACAAUGAAGAUGAUGAAUUAUUUUACAAUUCUAAAGGUGAUUUAGUUACUAUCGAUCAAAUUGCCACUGAAUUAGAAGAAUUAGAAGAUGAAUAUGAAGAACAAGAACAGAGAGACAAGCUGUUACAAGAUUUGGAUUCUCAUCAUGUUGAACAUGUCUCUGAACAUGCAUGUUCCUAUUGUGGAAUCGAUUCACCUACUUGCGUUGUCAAAUGUAAUAGUUGUGAUAGAUGGUUUUGUAAUUCUAAAAAUGGUACAACAAGCUCUCAUAUCGUUAAUCAUUUGGUUUUAUCUCGCCAUAAUGUCGUUUCUUUACAUCCUGAUUCAGACUUAGGUGAUACAGUUUUGGAAUGUUAUAAUUGUGGUUGUAAGAACGUAUUUCUUUUAGGGUUUGUUUCCGCUAAGAGUGAAGCUGUUGUUGUAUUAUUAUGUAGAAUUCCAUGCGCACAGACUAAGAAUGUUAAUUGGGAUACUGAUCAAUGGCAACCAUUAAUUGAAGAUAGGCAAUUUUUAUCAUGGGUGGCAGAGGAACCAAGUGAAGAAGAAAAAUUGAAAGCUAGGUUAAUUACUCCAAGUCAAAUUUCAAAAUUGGAAGCUAAAUGGAGAUCGAAUAAAGAUGCUACGAUUAAUGAUAUUGAUGCGCCAGAAGAACAAGAGGAAAUACCUCCUUUAUUAUUAAGAUACCAAGACGCAUAUGAAUAUCAAAGAUCCUACGGUCCAUUAAUCAAAUUGGAAGCUGAUUAUGAUAAACAAUUAAAGGAGUCCCAAGCGUUGGAACAUAUCUCAGUGACCUGGUCCCUUGCAUUAAAUAACAGACAUUUAGCAUCGUUUGCAUUAUCUACUUUCGAAACAAAUGAAUUAAAAGUCGCUGUGGGUGAUGAAAUGAUCUUAUGGUAUUCUGGUUUACAACAUCCUGAUUGGGAAGGUCGCGGUUAUAUUGUUCGUCUACCUAAUAGUUUCCAAGAUACUUUCACCUUAGAAUUAAAACCCAGCAAGACACCACCACCAACACACUUAACUACAGGAUUUACAGCAGAAUUCAUUUGGAAAGGUACAUCCUAUGAUAGAAUGCAAGAUUCAUUGAAGAAAUUCGCCGUAGAUAAGAAAUCCAUUUCUGGUUAUUUGUAUUAUAAAAUCUUAGGUCAUCAAGUGGUCGACAUUACAUUUGAUGUCCCUAUGCCAAAACAAUUCUCCAUCCCCCAUUUUACCCAACUGAAUGAAUCACAAUCAAAAGCUGUACAACAUGUGUUACAAAGACCCUUAUCAUUAAUUCAAGGGCCGCCAGGGACAGGGAAAACUGUCACUUCUGCUACCAUUGUGUAUCAUCUAACCAAAAUUCACAAGGAUAAAGUUUUAGUUUGUGCUCCUUCUAACGUUGCAGUAGAUCAUUUGGCCGCAAAAUUAAGAGACUUGGGAUUAAAAGUUGUCAGAUUGACAGCAAAGAGCCGAGAAGAUGUGGAGAGUUCUGUGUCAAACUUAGCAUUACAUAAUUUAGUCGCAAGAGGAUCCAAAGGUGAAUUAAGAAAAUUAUUAAGACUGAAAGAAGAAGUCGGCGAAUUAUCAGCAAGUGAUACGAAAAGAUUUGUUAAAUUAGUUAGGAAAACUGAAUCUGAGAUUUUGGCUAAAGCUGACGUCGUUUGUUGUACUUGUGUUGGGGCAGGUGACAAAAGGUUAGAUACCAAAUUUAGAACCGUUCUUAUCGAUGAAAGUACUCAGGCCACUGAACCAGAAUGUUUGAUUCCUAUUGUGAAAGGUGCAAAACAAGUUAUCUUGGUUGGUGAUCAUAAACAAUUGGGUCCUGUUAUAUUAGAAAGGAAAGCUGGUGAUGCUGGUUUGAAGCAAUCUUUGUUUGAACGAUUAAUAUCAUUAGGUCAUAUUCCCUUUAGGUUAGAAAUUCAAUAUCGUAUGAAUCCAUAUUUAAGUGAAUUCCCAAGUAACAUGUUUUAUGAAGGUUCAUUACAAAACGGUGUCACUAUUGAACAAAGAACUGUAUCGGAUAGUACAUUCCCAUGGCCUAUUCAUGGCGUUCCAAUGAUGUUUUGGGCAAAUUAUGGUAGAGAAGAACUAUCGUCCAAUGGUACUUCAUAUUUAAAUAGAAUCGAAGCAAUGAAUUGUGAACGUAUUAUAACAAAACUUUUCAAAGAUGGCGUCAAACCAGAACAAAUUGGUGUUAUUACACCAUAUGAGGGACAAAGAGCGUAUAUCUUACAAUAUAUGCAAAUGAAUGGUGCUAUGGAUAAAGAUUUAUAUGUUAAAGUUGAAGUCGCAUCAGUCGAUGCAUUCCAGGGUCGUGAAAAGGAUUAUAUUAUCUUAUCAUGUGUUCGUGCUAAUGAUCAACAAGCAAUCGGGUUUUUACGUGAUCCACGUCGUUUGAAUGUUGGUUUAACUCGUGCUAAAUAUGGGCUUGUUAUCUUAGGGAAUCCAAUGUCACUAUCGAGGAAUCUUCUAUGGAAUCAUUUAUUAAUUCAUUUUAGAGAAAAAGGUUGUCUUGUAGAAGGUACUUUAGAUAAUUUACAAUUAUGUACAGUUCAAUUAUCAAGACCGCAACCUAAGAAGCGUCAAAAUGUCGAUGCUAAUGGUUUUCAAUACAAUGUCGGUACAGAUAUGAUGGGUCUUCCAAAUGUACAAGAUUUUGAUACCCAAAGUUUGAUGUCAUUCGGCGCUGCUGGUGCCACAAAUUUCAACAAUAAUGGUGGUGAUUUCUCAAACUACUUAAAUAAUGAUUAUUGGAAUUUUGAUAACUUCAACCCAUCAGUUUAUGAAAAUGCGAAUAAUUCGGUGAAUAAAUACAAUAAUACAUCUGAAAAUAAUAUUUACAGUAAAGAUGGACAACCAUUAGAUUCUAAUUAUGCUGCCGAAUUAGAACGUAAUCAGCAAAUGAACACUAAUCAUGAUGUCACUAAGGAUUUGAACAAAAAUUUUGGCUCAUUGAAUAUUUAA